UGGCUGGCUUGCGGCCGCCGCCUCUGCAAUUGGUGUUUUCUUCGGAAUCCUUAGGUGGGUGGUGAAGAGAACCGCGUUCUUGGAUCCAGAGAUCAAUGGAGGAGGUGAACAGGAAUGGCACAAGGUUGAUCUAAGAGUUAACCUUAACAGACGAGGACCGGACCGGACCGGCCGAACCAAGCGACCCGAACCGAACCGGCUCUCGUUGAGCUUAUCUGCUGUACUAUUGACGACGCUCACACAUUGUCAUUGGCUAUUUCUUCUUCAAAAGAUCAUCGGAUUUAUGAGAAUGACGUUUCCGGCGAGAACAGCAAAUCCACCACUGAUUUCCAGUUCGUUGUUCCAACGGAAUCUCGUCGUAAUCCCGUGCAGAUUCUCAAUGUCAAGUGUUCCUCGGAAGAAGAUCCCGUUCCAAAUCCCGGCACGCGACAGAGUUAUACAGAUAGGGAGGUACAGAGGGAAGAUGCUGGGAAGCCUGCCGUCGAGGUACCUCAAGUGGAUGUCGAAGAAUCUGAGAGCCGGGGACAUGGAGGAGUGGGCGAGACUGGCGGAUGAAGUGCUGGAUGACCCUGUGUACAGAGACCGGAUCGAGUGGGAGAUGGUGGAGAAGAUAUUGAAUGGGGACAACACAAGCCCUAGCCCUAACCCGAGUAGUAGGAGCAGGAGCAACGCGGCGGCGGAAUUGGUGGAAAUCAGCGGGAGGUUUGGUUGGGACAACGAAGAUAAACAGGGGUGGAGUGAAAUUGAUUUCGGGCUGCUGGGUACCUCCAAGGGUGGGAGAAUUCCUCGAUUGGAUUUGGGGAAGAAGAAGAACAGAAAGGAGAAUGGAGUUGGUAGUUUGAAAAAGGGGGAACAGAAGGUCGUAGAAAUUAGUGGAGGGAGGAGGAGAGAGAGGGUAUUGAGGCGGCGGAGAUUAGUGGCGGAGAUGGAUGGAGGCGGGGAUUAUCUUCCUCAUCGGAAAGAGAGGGAGAGAGGGGGAGAAGAAGGAUUCAGAGAUUCUUCUUCGAUGAUCCGAGUCUCAGACUCAGACUCAGACUCAGAUAGUAAUGGCGGCGGUGUUCGGCAGAAUCCAUUCCCCGGCAGGCAAGCACUAUUGGACAACGUACUGCUCCGUCGUGGUCGUCGUCCCGACUUUACCAGUUCCAGUUAGUUACCAGUUGUUCAAUCCGUUUAGAUUUGUGAACAGUAUUUGAUACAAUAUUCUUAAUAAAAAAUAUUGAUGAACA